UGGAGCGCAGGAGUGUCUUAGUUUUUUGCCUCUUUGCAGUUUUAGCUUUUAAGAUAGCAAACGGUGCACCGUCUUUGCAAUGCACCGCAGACAUCACAGCUUACAAAGCAGGCCUCCUUACAGUCACACCUUGGGCGCUCAAAAUGCUGGACUCGUCAUCGAAGUUGCCACCUGACAGUCUCCUUCAAGGUUCCUUCCUGUUUCAGUUUGGCAACUUUGAUGAGUGUUUAUCUGUAAAUGGGCCUGUAAACAGCGAAAAUAAACCCAGGUUUACCGGAAAAUAUUGUCGAGUGCAACUUGGGUUUUCUACCAAAGAUGAGACUGACGAAAAGUCUAAAAUGAUUUUCGCCAAAAUGAAACUCGCGUACGAUAAAAUUACCAAAGGCAAUAACUACAGGGACUUCAAUGGAUUCAAAAACAUCCUAGUUCCACAAAGCGGAUUGAUUCCCAACACAACGAUUCCGGCACAGUGGGCCGUUUGCGCUCCGUCGUCCUGCAAUGCCGAAGGUGUCAAACAAGUAGCAGAUUUCAACCUGAAGCAGUUUUUUUCAGUUCUCGGUCUGAAUAUUGAUACAGCUGUAAUUGAAAACUCUUGCCAUUAUGAGGAUGAUGGUAAACAAGAUUUAGAUACAGGAUCCUGGGCGUUCAUUAUCCUCAUUCUUGCCUUGACUGUAUUUAUGGCAUAUGCGACAAUUUGCGACUACAUUUGGCCUGAAGGACAAGAUUUACACGUAGUCGUGCAAUCUUUUUCUUUGAGAACCAAUUUGCGCAACUUGUUCACGCUGCCAAAAACUGUUGUUCCUGGACAACUGGCUUGCCUGCAUGGAAUAAGGGUUGUCAGUACGUGGUGGAUUAUUCUUCUUCAUUGCUACAUGAUCAAUUCCUUCCUCCCACACAUCAACGCUUAUUCGCAUAUGUGGUCGAUGGCCCCAAUUUACAGUGGAGCGUUGGGUGUGGACACGUUUUUCUUCAUGAGUGGUUUGCUAACCGUUUACGUUAUUUUGUUGGAUCAGAAGAAAGGUCGCUCAUUUAAUGUUUUCAAAUACAUUUUGUUCAGAUAUCUGAGAAUCACUCUUCCGCUGGCGAUGGUAGUGUUCUACCUGUCAACCUUGCACAGGCGAGUGGGAGCGACUCCCACGUGGGACUUGUUCAUUGAACCAGCGACCCAAAAUUGCGCAGAUUAUUGGUGGGUUACGCUUCUUUAUUUCACCAAUUUUUUCAACACGAUUGAGACUACGUGCGUCAGCCAAGGUUGGUAUUUGAUGGUAGACAUGCAGCUGGCCGUGCUGGCGCCAAUUGUUAUUUUCCCAUUACUAAAAUGGCCAAAAAUUGGUCUUGGACUGAUUGGAGUGCUCACUUUGGGCUCCAUGGCCGUGUCGUUUGGGCUCACAUAUGUCUAUAACUUGCAGUGGACUAUGUCAAUAGUAAUACAAAAUGAAGCUACUGGAAAUUUUUUUGAACUCAUCUAUGGUAACCCUGCAGCCCGAGCAGUACCUUAUUUGUGUGGAAUGGCAUUGGCUUACGUACUCGCGAAUAAAAUUACGUACAAGUUGCCGAAAUGGGGCGUGGUGCUCGAGUGGAUUCUCAACUCGGCAGGAUGCUUGGCCAUCAUCUAUACCAUCCUCAUCAUUUACGACAGAAAUUUCGUCUAUGACAAUCUUGACGCUGCUUUUUAUUCUGCGCUUCAUCGACUUGGUUGGGCAAGUGGGUUAAGCUGGGUGGUUUGGGCAUGUGUCAAUGGAUACGGGGGUCCCGUUAACUCCAUUCUUUCGUGGAAAUAUUUCAUACCUCUAAGCAAACUCAGUUUUUGUGCUUAUUUGGUGCAUAUGGACCUGAUGAAUUACCACGUGGCACUGAUGAGGACCAAUACUUACUUCUCCAACUUUGAGAUAAUAUUCGAAUUUUUCGGAAAUUUAAUAAUGAUGAUCCCUCUAACUCUUUGGCUUUACCUGGCCGUGGACGCUCCUUGCCAGUCGAUUAUUAGGGCUGCAUUUGGAAAAACAAAUCGAUUCGUCGCACCCACCGUGAAAGGUGACCAAAACAACAACAAAAAAGAAGAAAAAGUUGAAAAGGUUAAAGAGGACAAUGAUGAAGCAGAGCCAACCGGAGAAAAGAAAGCCGAAGAAUUACAAGAAAUCGUGCACAAAGACAGUGAUGAAGCAGGUCCAACUGAAGAAAAUAAAGCAGAAGAAUUACAAGAGAUUGAUCGAGAGGACAAUGAUGAAACAGAGGCAAUCGAAGAAAAAAAUGAAGAAGAAUUACAGGAUAUCAUGCACGGGGACAGUGAUGAAGCAAGUCCAACUGAAGAAGAGAAAGCAGAAGAAUUGAAAGAAAUUGAUCGAGAGGACAAUGAUGAAACAGACAUAAUCGAUGAAGAAAAUGACGAAGAAUUACACGAAAUUAAAAGCCAUUAAAUGCUUUGUACUUCAUUGUGUGCUCGUGAUUGAUAUUAAAGAUGAGAUAUUUACUAAGCCAAAAAUUUGGUUUUUGGGGAAUAGCGAGUAUGUAGUGGGAUGACGUGGUGAUGAAAUGAUGAAGACCGAUGAAAUUAGAUGAAGAAUUUUCUUGAUAAAGUCGUUUACAGUUGUAAUCCGAUCGGACACAAAUCAA